CAUUUCGACCGUUUUGAAACGAAAUUUUGAUCCUUGCUUGCAUGCUACCUCGUCAAAGAUCUCUUUUUAAUAAUCAACUUAGAAAAUUGUUUAGUAUAUCUUCGUGAAUUGAUCCAUAACCUAUGGUCUCCCAAAUUCUUCUUAAUUGAAUGUCAUCACAAAUAUGAUGCAUUUUUCAUAUUGUAGCAUUCAACCAAACUUAAUCCUUUUUAUGCCUUCCCCCAACUAAGUUAUUGGUUACAUUGUUAACUAAUAUAAACAGGCACUCUUUUAAAGUUCACCUCAAAUUAUUCAAGAAUUCCUCAUUGAUACCUAGUUCGGGAGAAAAAUCUUGGGAUGACUACUUACCAUUUCCUAGUUUUUGUUGAAGUUGUAUAAUGUCUAGGGCUUUGCACAUUUCACCAAAGCCAUACAGCAAUGUCUGUAACAUUUGAUGAUGCUUUUAGCAGUAGUGUCCAUACAGCAAUGUCUGUAACAGUUGAUGAUGCUUUUAGCAGUAGUGUGUUACCUGGAGUACCAUUUUUCCACUGUGGUGAUGAGAUGCUACGCUCAAAAUCACUAGACCGUGAUUCAUACAAUUCGGGUGAUUGGUUCAACAGGUUCGACUUUAGCUACAGUUCUAACAAUUGGGGUGUUGGCCUUCCUCCAAAAGAGAAAAAUGAAAAAAACUGGCCACUAAUUAAACCCAGAUUGGCAGAUUUGUCCUUCAAACCUGAGAGUAGCCACAUCCUUGCUGCCGUAGAAAAUUUUUCAAACUUGUUGCGAAUUAGAUAUUCUUCACCUCUCUUCCGUCUGAGGAAAGCAAAUUCUAUCCAGAUUUGGUGCUGAUAGCACACCCGUGGCCAGUGAAGUGCUUCGAAUUCAUCAAUCUGUUCCAAAUCUUGGUCGAUUGGGCUCGCCUUGCUAUUUCUUGGUCUUGGUUUGUUAUAUCUCUUCCAAAUUUGGUCACUCUGUCUGAUUCUAGAUCCGUGGGCUGGUUGUAUUGUUCCAGCUGAUCUGGUACUGCUCCAACAGAUUUGGUUCAUAUCUGUUCAUUCGCAACUUGGUUUGUUUCACCUGCUCGUCCAACAUUUUUU